AAGGUGGGCGGGGACGAUCGCCCAGGAGCCCCGCCCCUGCCGGGUCAUUUCUCCAGCGGAGGGGGGGGCCACGCGAUGGCCGCUGAAAGGGCAUCUUGGCGGCCACCCCGAGCCUGCACAGAUUACUGGUCUGAAUGGAAGCUGUGCCGGAGCAUCCGUAAUCUAUAUCAUCAUUACUACACUUACGGGGAGAUGCCAUCUUGCGCGCAGUGGAAAAAGGAUUACAAGAAUUGCAAAGAAUGGGAGAGAACCAAAAGCACGCUGGCCAAGGAACAGUUGUGCCACAGCGAGCAUGAACGGAUGGCCAAGAAAGAGAAACAUGCACCAGUGUGGAAAAUGAGAAAAAGUCCUCCGCCCGACUGGAAUUCACCCAUUCAGGAAGAAAACUUCAAAUGAGGCGCUCUGCUAUUCUAGCAUCUUUAAGAAACUCUUCAUCCUGAAUAGAGAGGCAUUUUUCCCGCCAUAAGUCUGGGCUUCCACCUGGCCAUACCUGGGUUGAACUGUUCUGAAGUCAGUGCAAAAUUUCAAAGGGCUUUCACCACAUAUCAUUGCAAAGGAUAUACUUUUGCGGUUCACAAGCUUCCGUCUUUGUUGCAAAUUAGCUGUGCAAAUACCGUGGCUGGUUGAUAAAGGGACAACUUGGGAAUUCUUUAUUUGUAUGCAACAUUCAGGUCUGUAUUAAAACAUCCUUUACAAACCA